CGCAAAGCGUUUACGACAGUUUUACAAAACGUCCAGAAACCGAUUUACGGCACCUCAGCUGCACGUGGGUAGUUGCGUGAACAUCAUGGCAAAGAGCAAAGUUAAACACGCUGUAAAGGCUCCUAUACCUUCAAGCACGAGUGUGAAGAAGAACCAGUUGUCAUAUGACGAUGAUGAAGAUGAAUUAUUUGAGGAUGAUACUGUUAUCAGUGCAAGCGAAGAUGAGGGCGGAAGCGAUGAUGAAAGGAAACAUCGCAAACUCCUGGAAGCAAUUGGCUCCCUGGAUGGAAAGAAAAGGAGGAAACUGGCUGAGCGAUCAGAGGCAAGUCUGCAGGUGUCUGAGUUCACUGUCAGCGCUGAAGGUGCUGGGGAAAAAAUCAGGUUGUGUGACCUGCUGGGUAGGAUGGACCAAGUCCCUUCUGCUGUCAGUAAAACCAAGAAACAGCUGAAGAAUCUACAGAAUCAGAAGGACACUGUGGAACUGCCUCUAAGUCGGCAGCAGACCGAGAAGAUCCAAAGAGAGGCGGCGUAUGAAAAGGCGACAAAGACCGUUUCUCAGUGGCAGCCUGUGGUGGAACAGAACAAAAGAGCUGAACAACUGGUUUUCCCUUUGAACCAGGAGCCUUCUGGCCCAAAGCGUGUGGAGCAAGUGGUAGUUGGAUGGAAGGCACAGACUCCAUUAGAACAGGAGAUAUUCAGGCUUCUACAUAAGAACAUGCAGCCUGUCCAUGAUCCUGUUCUGACACCCUUAGAGGAGGCGUCCCUGAAGGCCAUGAGCCUGGAAGAGGCAAAGAUCCGUCGUGCUGAGCUGCAGAAGGCCAGAGCUCUCCAGUCCUACUAUGAGGCGAAAGCCAGACGGGAGAGGAAGAUAAAAAGCAAAAAGUAUCACAAGGUGCUGAAGAAAGCGAAGCGCAAGGAGUUUCUGCGAGAGUUUGAGGAAAUGCGCGAGUCUAACCCAGCGGCUGCCCUCGAGGAGCUGAAGAAGAUGGAGUUGGCCAGGAUGCAGGAAAGGAUGUCGCUGAAGCACCAGAACAGCGGGAAGUGGGCAAAGUCAAAGGCGAUCAUGGCCAAAUAUGAUACAGAGGCUCGCAAGGCCAUGCAGCAGCAGCUGGAGAUGAAUAAGGAACUGACCCAGAAGCUCGUAGUGCCCUCAGAAGAGGAGGAGGUGGAGCAGGAGGAGGCGGAGGUGCUGCCGGAUUUUGUUAAUGAAGCUCAGUCCGUUACUGACCCCGCCAAUCCCUGGAUGACGGGCAGGCUGACCCAAGAAUCCUCAGAACCAGGGGACAAUGAGGAUGAGCCAAUGACGGGGGACAAGAGUCAGCUAGGGGGAGUGCCCGAGGAAGAGGAGGAAGAGGAGGAACAUUUGGACGAUGAGGAAGUCCUGUUAAGGCAGUUUGACGAGAAACGAAAGUUGCGGCAAUUGGAAAAGGAGGGCUUGGUGCCGUCUCUACUGCUGCCGGAUACAGACACUUUGGAAGAAAAGGAAGAACCUGUGGUAGACAGCUCUGAGGAUGAGAAUGAGGAAGAUGUUUCGGAGUUCAACAGCCUUUUUCUGAAGGUGGUGAAAGAUCGCUGUCGGGCACCAGUGGGUGAGACGAAAAAGCCAGAAUCAAAGGGAACAGAGAAGGAAGAACCAGCCUUGCUGGAAGAAGGACCAACACGAGUCGUGACCCUGGAGGAUAUGGACCGCCUCCUCAGUCAAGAAGGUUCCGGAGAGGAUAGUGAAAUGGCAAACCAGGUGGUCUCUCCCCCCCCAGCAGUGCGAUCUAGUGGAACUACAAGCCAGCAGGGGGAAAAGUCGAAAAAGAAUAAAAGAAAAAAAGUAAUUGACUGCAAUAAAGUGCUGACAAAAGAAACGCGAGCUCUGGAGGUGCCUCUACUCCCUACAGUCAUUGAUGACGAGGAGAAUGAGGUGGAUCAGAAGUUGAUUAUAAAGGAGGCGUUUGCUGGGGACGAUGUGGUGUCGGACUUCCUGAAGGAGAAGAGGCAGCAGGAGGAGGCGGGCAAGCCGAAGGUGGUGGACCUGACCCUGCCCGGUUGGGGAGAGUGGGGCGGAGUCGGCCUCAAACCUUCACGCAGGAAACGCAGAAGGUUUCGUGUAAAAGUUGCUCCCCCUCCUCCAAGACAGGAUGAGAAGCUUCCCACCGUCAUAAUCUCAGAGAAAAGGGAUUCUUCAGUGGCUGCUCAUCAGGUCAGUCAGCUGCCGUUCCCCUUUGAGAACCCGAAACAGUUCGAGCGUAGCAUAUGCACGCCCAUCGGCAACACGUGGAACACCCCACGUACCGUGCAGAAAUUCACAGCCCCGAAGGUUAUCAGCCGAAUGGGAGCCGUCAUAGAGCCCAUUUCCCGGGAAGACAGCCUCGGUGGCAAGACGCAGUCGACCACAGGGAAGGCGCCGGACAUUCAGCUGCCAACAGGCGGCGCCAAGGGCAAAGGGUCACAUAAAGAGAGGAAGCGGGGACGGCUGGACCCCUCACAGCCAAGCAAAGCCAAGAAGUCAAAGGCACAAGCUGAAUAGCUGCAGCUCAGAACAUCUGCAACAUCUUUGCGCCAAAAAUCAAACUUUUCAUUCGUGGAUUAAAGAAAAAAAAAAAUCAAUUGUAACAUGAUAUGAACCUCCAAUUGUAAAGGUAUUCAUAAAUGGAAAAUAUUCACUAUAAAUACAUUUCUUCC